GUCGCCCUCACCCCCAGCUCGGCCUUUGACCCCUCCAGACUCAAGCAUGCUCAUCUUCUCCGUACUCAAGACGCUCCAGGACCAGGAGCUCACCGUCGAGCUCAAGAACGACCUGCAGAUCCGUGGUCAGCUCAAGAGCGUCGACCAGUUCCUCAACAUCAAGCUCGAGAACAUCCAGGUCCUCGACGAGGAGCGUUACCCACACAUGGUCGCGGUCCGCAACUGCUUCAUCCGAGGGUCGACGGUGCGCUACGUGCAGCUGCCCCGGGCAGCAGUCGACACGCAGCUUCUCGAGGAUGCGACUCGGCGAGAGGCGGGCAAGCAGCGGUGAGCGAGACGGUGGUGGCGACGAUGUACUAACAUGUAGAAACAGUGCAGUCCUUUCUCUCUCUCGG